CUUACCAAAGAAAAAGAGGUAAUGCGAGUAACCUCAUAAGUAAUCACUAACCUGAAAACUAUAUCGAAUUUUGCCAAAUAUUAUGGAUGACGAAUUUGAAGAUCAAGUUUUAUAUCAGACAUAUGUAUCACAUAUGAAGCUCAUGUCAAAGUUUGCUGUGGGCAUCUCACCUGGGUUACAUGUCGGGAUUAACACACCAUUAGGCUACCUCUGUAGAAUUAUGCGAAUCUAUGCUCUGAAACCAGAAGUACUGGUUUGUGGUAUAGUUGUGGCAGUUGUUCUGUUUUACAUACAAGCCAUAGACGUCUGGAGCAGAGCGCUUCUAGGAAGAAUUCAGUACACCUUUGGACGCACUACAAAGGUGUCUAAGUUGCAGUUCUUAGUUAAUGACACUGUCAAUGCAGUAAAACUUAGUUGGGAGUUAAAACAAGGUCAUAUUGCAGCGUAUGCUGUACAAGGGCAUAGAGCUCGGAUGGAAGAUCGCUUUGUUGUAAACGAAGAUGUGAACAAUACAGGAGUUUCCCUGUUCGCAGUAUUCGAUGGUCACGGUGGAGAGUUUGCAGCCAACUACGCUCGUGACAAACUCAUCCCCAAUAUAAAUAAAAAAGUUUUUGAAUUAAAAAACAUGCUGGCCGGCAAAACAUUCACUUAUCCAAACGAGCCAGCCGUGCCAGAAAAAAAGAAAGAUGACAAUAAGGAUAAAAAGCCUUUGGAACAAAAAAAGUCUUUUCGAAAGACUGCAAGCACUUCCCUGACGGACGAUUGCAUGAAGAAAGCCGUUGAAGUGACAGAUCCAGAAUUACUCAAUAAACUGGAGAACAUAACACCAAUCACAAGAGAGGUCAGACCAUGUAGAACAGAUGAGAAGCAAAUGCCCAAAGUGGAUAUGAUGACUUAUCUCGAGGGAAACAAAAUCAAUUACGGUAGACUUCUGACAGACGAAGUCCUGGCAGUGGACAAACUGUUGGUCGAAGCUGCAAAGAAGAAUAUGGAUGUAGCAGGCACUACUGCUCUGAUCGCUCUUUUAGAAGAUAAUAAGUUGAUCGUAGCAAAUGUUGGAGACUCUAGAGGUGUGAUGUGUGACGGAAAGGGCAACGCGAUUCCUUUGUCGUUCGAUCACAAGCCUCAACAGGAAAGAGAAAAAAAAAGAAUAACCAAAGCCGGUGGUAUGGUGACUUUUAAUGGCGUGUGGAGAGUCGCCGGUAUAUUAGCGACUUCUCGCGCUUUGGGAGAUUAUCCUCUAAAGGAUAAAAAACUGGUGAUCGCCGAUCCGGAUAUUUUAACGUUCGAUCUGAAUGAUCACAAUCCUAUGUUCAUAAUAUUGGCAUCUGACGGUCUAUGGGACACAUUUACAAAUGAAGAGGCUGUAGCUUUCAUCAAAGAGCGCAUCAACGAGCCACAUUUUGGCGCAAAAAGUAUUACAUUGCAGAGUUUUUACAGAGGAUCUGCGGAUAAUAUUACAGUCGUGGUGAUUAAUCUGAUGAAGAAUCGCAAAUUUGGGGUAUCAGAAGCCAAGAAGAAUCAGUUAUGAUGUUUACACCACUUGUUUUAAUCACUUGUUUUUUAAAACUUCAACUUCAACGGUCUAGUCAUAAAAUUUAACUAACUGUUGCGGUCUAAGUUGAUUUAUUUGUAAGAAUGCUUGAUGUAGAACAUAGUUCUCUUUGUGCUUGUGCAAUAACUGAGUUUGGCCAUGAAAAAUGCACACUCUAGACCAACAAUA